GCGACUCUUACAGUCCAGACGGCGCCUUUUACUUAAUGACAGUAGACUCCCCUCUCUUCUUCUUGUUCCCAUAAGGCAACGAAUUCCUCUCAAUUAUAUGGUUUACGACCUCUAGGGCGAAUUCUCCUUCUGGCGAAAGAAGUAUAUAUAAAUAAUUGUUCUUUGGGGUUUUUUCUUUAAAACCCACUUCACUUAAAAAUGACGACACUAAGGCCGUUCACCUGUGAUGACAUGUUUCGUUUUAAUUUCGUAAAUCUAGAUCCUCUGACCGAAACGUACGGGCUCACUUUCUACCUGCAAUACAUGGCUCAUUGGCCGGAAUACUUUCAACUGACUGAAGCACCUGGUGGAGAAAUCAUGGGAUACAUUAUGGGUAAAGCAGAAGGGCACGCCACCAACUGGCACGGCCAUGUUACCGCUUUGAGUGUAGCACCAGACUACAGAAGGCUGGGGCUGGCUGCAAAACUCAUGUUUGGAUUAGAAGAAAUCUCUGAAAAGAAACAAGCCUAUUUUGUAGACCUGUUUGUCAGGGUGUCUAACACAGUGGCCAUCAACAUGUACAAAAAUUUAGGUUACAUCAUAUACAGAACUGUGUUGGAAUAUUAUUCUGGCUCACCUGAUGAAGAUGCCUAUGACAUGAGAAAAUCUUUAUCAAGAGAUGUGGAUAAAUUAUCAGUAGUGCCUCUAACUCAUCCAGUCAGACCAGAGGAUAUUGAAUAAAAAUACAUAUUCUUUAAAUUA